AUGGCUGCACCCAGCAACUCUGCCCCACGGGGCUUCUCUCCUCAGCCUCGGGAGUAUGGCACAGCCUGUGAAGCCUCCCGCCAGCGCUUCAGGCAGUUCCAGUAUGACGAAGCAGAUGGGCCUCGAGAGGCCUUCUGCAAACUCUGGGAACUUUGUUCCCAGUGGCUGAAGCCGCAGACGCGCUCNGUGGAGCAGAUCCUGGCGCUGCUCGUGUUGGAGCAGUUCCUGCAUAUUCUGCCCACUGCAAACACAGAGACCCAGACCUUCAGCCCGGAGAUUAGACAAAGACUUCUCACCCUGAUAGAAAACCUCAAGCGAGAUCUCAAGAGGCCAAGGAACAAGAUCAACAUGCGUGACAUGCUCCUGGAAGAACUGAGGUCGAUGGGUAUGUUUCUCACACAAUCAGACACACCUGUGGGUUCACCCGAACUUCAGAUAGUAGAACCUGUCCAGGAGAUCCGUGAGAGCCCACCACAAGUGCCACGGCAAAGCAGCUUCCAUGGUGCUGGCCAAAGCCAGACCUUUCUGAAUAUUGAAUAUGAACAACUGGAACCUCCUGGCAAAGAGCCCCCAGAACAGCUGCUGGCUGACUCCAGUGAGCCCGAGGAAACCCAGAUGUCCGCCCAACAGGAGAUGCCAGGAAGCUCCCGAGAUGCACAGCCCUCCAGCUCUACAGCCCCCCCACAGGCUCGUCCCUGCAAGAAUCCCAGCUCUGGUGCUCAGUUAGGGCUGUGUUUUGCUCACCGGAAGCAAUAUAAUAUUUACCUGAAAACCCAAAGAAAAAAGGUAGCACCAGGGGGCCCUAGAGGUGGAACAGGGUCAGACACCUCUGGGCAGCAGCUCAUUAGCCAGGAGGAGAAUGCCCGUGAGCAUGACCCAUCUACUGAGGUGACAUCCCCUUAUGGGUCACAGGCAGAUUAUUUUGAUGAUGAAAGACAGCAGUGUAGGCUAUGUAAGAAGGAGUUUAUGUUUCAGUUGGGCUUGAGAGAAACUGUGACAAAUCGUACAGAUUCAAAACCUUACCAGUGCCCCUUCUGUGGGAAAUUCUUUAGGGGGCAUUCACACGUCACUGCACACCUAGUAAGACACACCAAAGAGAGACCAUUCACAUGUGAACACUGUCAGAAAACCUACAAACACAAAUCUAGCCUGCUGAGACACUUAAAAUUCCACUCAAGGAAUCUUGAAAGCAAGAGAAGCCAGGCUUCUCAGAGCCUUGUGCACAAUGCAAGCCAAUAG